CGAAGGUCUCUGUGCCACGGCGCUCGCUCACCAAAGGCUUCUUUGACUUGAAGCCAAGACACACUGCACCAGUCAGGCUGAGAUUCUCUCGCCCGAGCAGGCAGCAGACGCAGUUCUGCCUACGCACCAGACUCGCACAUUCGCUGUCCCAGCACCACAGCUUCCCCCAAAGGGCUGGCGCCUCCGAGGCCGCCGCAACCGCAGAGUGCUGCAGGCUCCCGCCCACGACGCUGAGUGACCAUGUCUCCGCAAAUCCCGCACCCGGACUUCGCAAAGCUUCCGACGGAUCUGAAGGCGCUGGUCAUCGAUCAUAUCAACCGUCCCACUGACCUCAAGAGCUUGUGUCUCACCUCGCAGCAGCUCCGCGACGUCACCGUCCGCCGCCUCUACCGCGAAGUCACCAUCGAUGUCGGCUCGAGCAAGGACACGCGCCUCGGAGCAUUCCUCAACCCGAGGAACAUCGGUCUGCCGCACAUUCGCAAGCUCGAUCUGUACCUGGCAGAUGUGCUCGACAAAUGCAACCAGGUCCACCUGGCCAACUUCGCCGUGCGCAUGAUACUGGAACUGUUGCCGGAGAACAUACUCGACAAGUUCUCAUGGCAUCCAUGGACGCCGUUCUCAGCUGACAACUUGGUGCUGCUGUACAGGAAGCAGAAGCGCAUGAAGUGGGCAGAGAGCAUCGCGCUGGACAGGAACGUGCUGGACGAGCUGCAGAAGAUCCCAGACUUCAAGGAGCAGUUCGCAAACGUCCGCAAGGUCGGCCUGUAUCCUGACUCGCGAGAAGUCCUGGACUACUGCCACUUCAUCCUGAAGCACACUUCGAAUCUCGACAAGAUCACUGUGCACGCGAGCUUCGACGACAGCGAUGUCCAAAUACCGGACAGAGUCCUGAACGACUCCUCGAUUGAGCCCGGCCUGAUCACAUCCAUCAUGUUCAGCCACAUGCAGCCGUUCGCCACAUGCACACCUCUUGCGCUGAACGAGAUCACAUUGCAGAAGCUGGGUCUGCGAUACUCGGCGGAGACAUACUGCAAGAUCAUCGACUUCCGCACAGUGAAGAGCAUUCGAGUGUUCAGCUGUACGGGUACCGAUGCUCUGUUCGCAGAGCUGAGCAAGAGCACGAAAUUGCCGCAGAAGCUUGAGACUCUGGAGAUUAAGCUCGCGGACAACACCGAGAACGAUGGCCUAGGCGCGCUGGAUGACUUCCUGUGUUUGGUCUCCGGCAUCGAAGUGCUUACACUAGACUAUUCGAACGCGAACAGCUUACCCGCGCAUACUGGUGUGAAAAGGCAUGGGAAGACGCUGAAGCAGUUGAGUGUCCAUGCCUCGCGAGCGCCUGAAGAGUGCGACGACGAGCAGGUGUACGACUAUGCCUACUUCUCCGCGAUAUGUAAGGACUGCCCUCUAUUAGAACAACUCUCCAUGGCGUUUCCAAAUGUAAGUGUCGUCCGUCCGAAGAACGACAGUUUCGUGAACUUCGAGAACUGCCUUGGCGACCUCCCCAACCUUGUAACCCUCAACAUUACAACCUGGCCGACGACACGCCCGUCGUCCAGCAAACUUCCUCGCAAGAUCUACGAGCACCUCCUCGCCGGCCUCGCACAACAAGGCUUCGAAACGAGCACGAAGCACGCGAAGCUCCAGAGUCGAAGCUCAAAGCUAGCAAUCAUUGCUUUCGGGGCCUCAGACCGCGUCUACGACCGCGAAGACAGCGAAAACCAGAUCAUCUUCGUCAAGGGGCGACAGAUAGAUCCUUUGGGUAAUGAAAAGAGUACAGCUGUGCAGAUUGGCUGGUGUCUGAGGAAGUAUGUGGAUGCGGGCGACAAGAGCGAUGUCCUUGACUUUUCGUUGAGUCAUUCGACCAAGCCGCCGACUGAUGAUCCGCCCAGUAGUGAUGAUUCAGAUUAGACAUCGAGGAGAAUGCGGCCCGGGCGGGUGUCGAGAGGGCCAAACGGAUUGUUGAGGCGGACCCUCCUAAGGACCCAGAGGGGGAAAAUGGUUUGAGAUUAGCGAUGUAGUAUGAUAUCCUUUCUGCUUUCACGAAGACAAUAUGAAUCUAUACUUAUAGACUCCACGUCAGAAAGACGUG